AGAAGAGGCGGUUUCUUCCGGGUCCCUUGCUGCAGGUUCUGCUUAGUAGCUGAGCAGGCUUGAAUGGUCCUGUGUGAUGUGUUCGCUGACCUGCUGCUGAUACUGUGAAGCGCACUCAGGCAAGCUCCGAAGUUGUGAUAUGGAUGCAGUGACCUAUGAUGAUGUGCAUGUGAACUUGACUCGAGAAGAAUGGGAUUUGCUGAAUCCUUCACAGAAGAAUCUCUACAAAGAUGUGAUGCUGGAGACCUACAAGAACCUCACUGCUAUAGGCUACAAGUGGGAAUGCCAUAAUAUUCAAGAACAUUGUAAAAGUUCUAGAAGACAUGGAAGGCAUGAAAGAAGUCAUACUGGAGAUAAACCCUCUGAAUACACUCAGUAUGCUAAAGCAUUUGCAUGUCACAGUUAUCCUCAAAGGAAUGAAAGACUUCAUACUGGAGAGAAACUCUAUGAAGGUAUUCAAUAUGAUGAAGCCUUUACAUAUCACAGUAUUCUCCAAAUACAUAAAAAAACACAUGCUAAAGAGAAACCCUACAAGUGCAAUCAAUGUGAUAAAGCUUAUUCACAGCAUAAUCAUCUCCAAAGACAUAAAAGAACACACACUGGAGAGAAACAUUAUGAAUGUAAGCAAUGUGGUAAAGCCUUUGCAUACCAUUCUGAACUUCAGAAUCAUGAAAGGAUUCAUACUGGAGAGAAACCUUACAAAUGUAAUCAAUGUGGUAAAGCCUUUGCACAUCAUUGUAAUCUUCGAGUGCAUAAAAUAAUACAUACUGGAGAGAAGCCCUACAAAUGCAAUCAAUGUGAUAAAGCUUAUUCACAACAUUGUAAUCUCCAAAUACAUAAAAGUACACAUACUGGAAAGAAAUCCUAUAAAUGUAAUCAAUGUGAUAAAGCCUUUGUAUAUUAUGGUCAUCUUCAAAGACAUGAAACAACGCAUACUGGAGAGAAAGCUUACAAAUGUAAUUUGUGUGGUAAAGCCUUUGCAUCUCAUCGUUAUCUCCAAGUACAUAAAAGAACACAUACUGGAGAGAAACCUCAUGAAUGUAAUCAGUGUGGUAAAGCUUUUGUAUAUUAUGAUCAUCUUCAGAUACAUAAAAGAACACAUACUGGAGAGAGACCCUAUGAAUGUAAUCAGUGUGGUAAAACCUUUGCAGCUCAUCGUUAUCUCCAAGUACAUAAAAGAAUACAUACUGGAGAGAAACUCUAUGAAUGUAAUCAAUGUGGUAAAGCCUUUUCAUCUCAUAGUUAUCUCCAAGUACAUAAAAGAAAACAUACUGGGGACAAACCUUAUGGAUGUAAUCAGUGUGGUAAAGCUUUUGCAUAUCCUGGUUAUCUACAAGUACAUAAAAGAACACAUACUGGAGAGAAACCCUAUGAAUGCAAUCAAUGUGGUAAAGCCUUUGCAGGUCAGAAUGUUCUUAAAAGACAUGAAAAAAUUCAUACUGGAGAGAAACCUUACAAAUGUAAUGAAUGUGGUAAAGCCUUUGUGUGCAACACUAGUCUCCAAAUACAUACAGCAGCACAUACUGGAGUGAAACUUUAUGAAUGUAAGCAAUGUUGUAAAUCCUUUGCCUCUCGUGGCCAACUUAAAAGUCAUGAAAUAAUUCAUACUGGAGAGAAACCCUACAAAUGUAAUGUAUGUGAUAAAGCCUAUUCACGACAUAGUCAUCUCCAAAGACAUAAAAGAAUACAUAUUAUGAAUGUAACUAAUGUUAUAGAGCCUUUACAGGUCACAGUGAUCUUCAAAGGUGUGGUGGUUUGAUUAUGCUUGGCCCAUGGCAAGUGGCACUAUUUGGAGGAGUGGCCUUCUUUGAGGAAGUGUGUUACUAUGGCAGUGGGCUUUGAGAUCCUAUGCUUAAGUUCCACCCAUGGCAGAAGAAUCUUCUGGCCACCUUCUGAUCAAGAUGUAGAACUCUCAUCUCCUCUAGCACCAUGUCUGCUUGGAUACUGCUAUUCUUUCCACCUUCAUAAUAGACUGAACCUCUGAAUCUGUACAGGACUCCUAAAUAAAUGUAGUCCUUUGUAAGA